CCCGCCUUCUUCCACCAACCAACCGAAAAAGCAAGCACAUACCAAAUACCGUCCCUACAAAACAAAACCAUCAGCCAGCAAGGCAACAGCAUCAGCCAAUGGCCUUCCCACUCGCUAGCAGGACUCGGCAUCGCCCAACCAGGGAAAGUCUACAUGGACCCAGAGUACCAAGGUCUCAACCCCCGAUAUGGCAAGAACAAUGAAAAACCCAUCUGGCCCUUGCCGAGGGUCGUUCGGCUAGGCAUGCGCCGCGGUGAUAGCAGUGCGCAGAAAGCGUAUCAACCAAAUCAGCACGGGGAGUCUGAGCCCGCGCCGGAAAUUGGGACUACGCCUGGUCUAUCGUCUACGCGCUCUGGAGCUGGUAGUGUUCAGCAGGGAUAG